AUGCCCGUCAAAAGCUUCGAUGCCUGGAUAGUUACUCAGAGUAAAUCCGAGACACUUCCCCUCUCAGCAUUGAAGGAUUCUGUUCUCGGUAUCGAGGCCGAUCAUUAUCUCCAAAAGCUUCUCACCACCACACCCUCAAAAGAACCGUUGGUUGUAGCUCUAGGAGGUUUUCCGUUUAAUCUGAGAAACACCGUCGAGGCCGACAUUGAUGACUUGCGCAAGGCAGGCGUCAAGCCUAUUUUCGUUUUCAAAGGAUUCAAGACUGUACCUAUCGAGGCGCCGUUCAGUGUGAACGAUGAGGGCCCAGCACAAAGGUCUCGAGCAUGGGAGCUUUAUGACAGGGGGUUGGCAAAUGAAGCCGUGGAAGCAUUCGGCAUAGCAGGCACCCUAGAACCAUGGGAAAUAUAUCGCUAUUUCCAACGAAUUUUGUUGGAAAACGACGUUGAUUUCCAGGUCGCGCCUUAUGCUGCCUGGCCUCAGAUGCAAUAUCUCCAAAAACAAGGAUUCGUCGACGCUAUUUGGGGAAACUCCGAGCUAUUUAUGUUCGAAGUUGAAAAAGUCAUCACCCACAUUAAUAUCACUCCCGGGAGUACAUUUACUUGGAUCAAUAGGCCGAGACUCCUUCAAGAUAUGUCACUCAUGAACGAUAUGUUUGUAGACGCUUGUUUGCUAUCUGGCUCAGACCUAUGUCGCCCGUUUCCGGGGGUUGAAGGCCAGGCUGUGGCCGCAGCGCAUGCAUUUUUGACCUCGAUUGACUUAAUAAAGAGGUAUCGCAAUAUAUCAACCGUAUUGAACACCAACGCAGGUGCAGGGACAACGGGUUAUAUCGACAAGUACAGAAAAGCACGAGCUUCCGUAAGACAUCACGUAAUAUUCACUGAGGACGGAGUUGCCGAGCCUCUUCGUUCAAAAGAAGCUCCGGGCGAUGUUCACGAGUUUAUUGGACAACGCUUACCAGAAGAGCUAUACUUUUAUCUUUCUCGUGGCGUUAUAGGACCCCAAGUUGUAGAUAUGUUGGCUACCGGGGAACUCGUAAUAGUUGCGCCAUUUGAUAAUGGUGAUGCAGAGGAGUAUAGGAAGUUUUUGGACGCUCUCGACCCGUUGCGGUUGCAAACAUUGAGUUUGCUUGCCCAGCCACUGCACAGAUGGUGGACUAGUAGUGCUGUCUCUGUAUACUACUGGUUUGAUAAGAAAGCAACGAAGAAAUUGGUUCCUAAAGAUGUUGUUGCCACACCUUACCUUGCAACCAAGAGUUGGAAUGUUAAAGAGAGUUUUUUGAGACCAGAGCUGGAAAGGGCCCAUAAAUCUGUUGGCCUUUCGUUCGCUCUUACUUCUCUUACUGACCCUAUAUUUGCUGCUAAAACCAUUACCAAAAACGUGAAGAAGGAUGAUGGGAAAAAGAACGACACCAAAAAGGAAGAUGUAAGGAGAGAUGAUAUCAAGUUCCUGAAAACUCAGGAUGAAAUCAAGCUGAAUACUCUCUGGAGCAUGCUUCAGUUGCGAGACUUUAUCGAUGGCGAAGAGCACAAACUAACCCCCUGGGGCCGUGGUCUCCAGGCCGCCAUGGCUGAACUUGAUACUCCUGAAUUGGACGAAUCAAUCUAUAUUGGGAUGGAAUUACUCCGUUUCAAGGUUCUCAAAGAGGUCAACUUCGCACCUACCUUGUCCGGAGCGCCGUCUAGAGACGAGGACAAAACACACACGACUCUUAUAUCACGAGUGGCAAGUAUCGUGCCCAUCAAUCACAAGUCGAUUGGUUAUACCGGUCCGCUAAGCAGAAACCUCUUGGGCUUCAAUUCAUUCAUCAGGACACUUACAAGGAACCUGAGAAAUAUGGUCGAAAUGGUUUUGGUCAGCCUCUUAAUGAAUGGUGACGCAGAAAGAGAUAGGGGAGAUUUGACGGAGCUGGGACUUAGACUUCCAUUCAUUGAUGAAGUGAGCGCGGGAUUGGGUAUCGCAGUCAAGACCUAUUUAGACGAGCUUUCAAACGAGCCCGAACCUACUACAGAAGAAGCGAAGCAGAGACAAAAGGAAAAGCUUCCAAAGAUGUUUGCACAGGCUGUAGAUAUUGUUGCGGAUGUUGCGUUGGCCUUCAAAGUUUGGGAUGCGAUGGUCGUUGGGGUUAAGGUCCUUCAAAAGGAAGGCGUUCUUGGAGAGGAGGCGAAUGCAUUUUUGGCAGCUGACAAGUGGUUAUCUGGAAGAAGGUAA